AUUUUCUGCUUCCUACUUCUAUCAAAAAACCCCACUUGAACUUAGUACAGUUGGGUGAGGGAGAUAACUCAUGCUCACAGGAAGCCACGCACCCUUGAAAGGCACCGGUCCUUCUUAGCAUCGUGCUUCCUGAGCAAGCCUGGCAUUGCCUCACAGACCUUCCUCAGAGCCGCUUUCAGAAAAGCAAGCUGCUUCUGGUUGGGCCCAGACCUGCCUUGAGGAGCCUGUAGAGUUAAAAAAUGAACCCCACGGAUAUAGCAGACACCACCCUCGAUGAAAGCAUAUACAGCAAUUACUAUCUGUAUGAAAGUAUCCCCAAGCCUUGCACCAAAGAAGGCAUCAAGGCAUUUGGGGAGCUCUUCCUGCCCCCACUGUAUUCCUUGGUUUUUGUAUUUGGUCUGCUGGGAAAUUCUGUGGUGGUUCUGGUCCUGUUCAAAUACAAGCGGCUCAGGUCCAUGACUGACGUGUACCUGCUCAACCUUGCCAUCUCGGAUCUGCUCUUCGUGUUUUCCCUCCCUUUUUGGGGCUACUAUGCAGCAGACCAGUGGGUUUUUGGGCUAGGUCUGUGCAAGAUGAUUUCCUGGAUGUACUUGGUGGGCUUUUACAGUGGCAUAUUCUUUGUCAUGCUCAUGAGCAUUGAUAGAUACCUGGCAAUUGUGCACGCGGUGUUUUCCUUGAGGGCAAGGACCUUGACUUAUGGGGUCAUCACCAGUUUGGCUACAUGGUCAGUGGCUGUGUUCGCCUCCCUUCCUGGCUUUCUGUUCAGCACUUGUUAUACUGAGCGCAACCAUACCUACUGCAAAACCAAGUACUCUCUCAACUCCACGACGUGGAAGGUUCUCAGCUCCCUGGAAAUCAACAUUCUCGGAUUGGUGAUCCCCUUAGGGAUCAUGCUGUUUUGCUACUCCAUGAUCAUCAGGACCUUGCAGCAUUGUAAAAAUGAGAAGAAGAACAAGGCGGUGAAGAUGAUCUUUGCCGUGGUGGUCCUCUUCCUUGGGUUCUGGACACCUUACAACAUAGUGCUCUUCCUAGAGACCCUGGUGGAGCUAGAAGUCCUUCAGGACUGCACCUUUGAAAGAUACUUGGACUAUGCCAUCCAGGCCACAGAAACUCUGGCUUUUGUUCACUGCUGCCUUAAUCCCAUCAUCUACUUUUUUCUGGGGGAGAAAUUUCGCAAGUACAUCCUACAGCUCUUCAAAACCUGCAGGGGCCUUUUUGUGCUCUGCCAAUACUGUGGGCUCCUCCAAAUUUACUCUGCUGACACCCCCAGCUCAUCUUACACGCAGUCCACCAUGGAUCAUGAUCUCCAUGAUGCUCUGUAGAAAAAUGAAAUGGUGAAAUGCAGAGUCAAUGAACUUCCACAUUCAGAGCUUACUUAAAAUUGUAUUUUAGUAAGAGAUUCCUGAGCCAGUGUCAGGAGGAAGGCUUACACCCACAGUGGAAAGACGGCUUCUCAUCCUGCAGGCAGCUUUUUCUCUCCCACUAGACAAGUCCAGCCUGGCAAGGGUUCACCUGGGCUGAGGCAUCCUUCCUCACACCAGGCUUGCCUGCAGGCAUGAGUCAGUCUGAUGAGAACUCUGAGCAGUGCUUGAAUGAAGUUGUAGGUAAUAUUGCAAGGCAAAGACUAUUCCCUUCUAACCUGAAUUGAUGGGUUUCUCCAGAGGGAAUUGCAGAGCAUUGGCUGAUGGAGUAAAUCGCUACCUUUUGCUGUGGCAAAUGGGCCCUCUAAUUAAUUUCUUGCUUUUGCGGAACAAUAUAGAUAACUGUUUUUCUAAUAACAUAUCUCAGGCAAAGUAUAUUCCAUUGAGCCAGAUGUAUGAAGAAACAAUUAGCGAAGUGAUGAAACAAGAUCUCAAUUAUUUAUUGUAAAGGAUUAUCUGUUAAUUGAAACCAAACUUUUUAUACUGAUAUAAGGGUAAGAAUAUGAAGACAUUAGCCAAGGUCUGCUUUCCAAACAUGAACUACAAGGCAUUCAAAAUCCAAACAUAUUUGUGAAAAUUCAAACACAGUUUCUCACUUGUUUGGGGACAUGUUUUGUUCUAAUUUUAACAGAGGAAUAUUAAAAAAUUUUAAAUAGGCCGGGCACGGUGGCCUGUAAUCCCAGCACUGUGGGAGGCCGAGGCGGGCGGAUCACCUGAGGUCAGGAGUUUGAGACCAGCCUGGCCAACAUGGAGAAACCCCGUCUCUACUGAAAAAUACAAAAUUAGCCAGGUGUGGUGGCACAUGCCCGUAAUCCCAGCUACUCAGGAGGCUGAGGCAGGAGAAUCACUUGAAUCCGGGAGGUGGAGGUUGCGGUGAGACGAGAUCGCACCAUUGACUCCAACCUGGGCAAAAAGAGCGAAACUCUGUCUCAAAAAAAAAAAAAAAUUAAAUAAUACAUAGGCCAAGAAUACAUUUAUUUGAGGUCAUUUACUUGUUUUUGUUUUUUUUUGAGAGUCUCGCUCUGUCACCCAGUCUGGAGUGCAGUGGCACGAUCUCGGCUCACUGCAAGCUCUGCCUCACGGGUUUGCACCAUUCUCCUGCCUCAGCCUCCCGAGUAGCUGGGACUACAGGCACCUGCCACCAUGCGUGGCUAAUUUUUUGUAUUUUCAGUAGAGACGGGGUUUCACCAUGUUAGCAAGGAUGGUUUUAAUCUCCUGACCUCGUGAUCCACCCGCCUCGGCCUCCCAAAGUGCUGGGAUUACAGGCGUGAGCCAUCAAGCCCGGCCACUUGUUUAUUUUUUAUUUUAUUUUAUUUCUGAGAUGGAGUCUCACUCUGUCACCCAAGCUGGAGUGCAGUGGUACUCGGUUCACUGCAACGUCUGCCUCCCAGGUUCAAGCGAUUCUCCUGCCUCAGCUUCUCAAGCAGCUGGGAUUAGAGGUGUGCGCCACUACACCAGGCUAAUUUUUGUAUUUUUAGUAGAGAUGGGGUUUCACCAUAUUGGCCAGGCUAGUCUUGAACUCCUGACCUCAGGUGAUCUGCCUGCUUCAGCCUCCCAAAGUGCUGGGAUUACAGGUGUGAGCCACCUCGCCCAGCCAAGGUCUUUUACUUGUUUAUAAACAAUCUCUUCAUAAUUAAAAUUAAGGAUUAAUAAAAUAUGACAAUACCUCCUUAAUCAUUUUGAAGUGCUUGCUAUCAAUUGAAAUAAAAACAAUCAACUAAAAGUUAUUGUUGACAUUGUAUAAAUAUGGUUGUUAAAAAAUUAUGAAAUUGUGAAAAGUGUCAUCCUCUCUUAAAAUAUUGGCCCUAGUUUUUUGUUUUUGUUUUUGUUUUUGAGACAGAGUUUUGCUCUUGUCGCCCAGGCUGGAGUGCAAUGGCACGAUCUUGGCUCACCGCAACUCUGCCUCCUGGGUUCAAGUGAUUCUCCUGCUUCAGCCUCCCAAGUAGCUGGGAUUACAGGCGCCUGCCACCACGCCCAGCUAAUUUUUUGUAUUUUUAGUAGAGACAGAGUUUCACCAUGUUGGCUAGGCUGAUCUUGAACUCCUGACCUCAGGUGAUCCACCCACCUUGGCCUCCCAAAGUGCUGGGAUUACAGGCGUGAGCCACUGGGCCCAGCCACUGGCCUUAGUUUUUAACUUUUGGGUGACUAAAAAGUUUGGUCAGUCAUUUCUUACAAGUCAUUUAAAUCAUUUAAUUAAUGCUUUCAUACUAUUAAGAUAAAUUGCUAUCUCUGUCCUUACAGCCUUAAUUAAGCAAAGACUCCAACAAAAUGUGGGAGACCUCCAAUUCCUCCCAAAACAAAAACUUAUCUUGCAAGCUAUCAACUGAGUUAACCAGUUACAAAUGCUUCUGUUAUGUUUAUACAUUCUUGCAUGCUCU